AGGUUGGAGCGACGCUGAGCUCAGGGCUCGCCGGCGGCCGCGGCGCCGGGGGUGGUGAGGGCCGGGCGACCGCUCGCUCCGCGCUGCCUCGGUGCAGGGCGAGCGGAGGGGCUUUGCAGCGGCCGCCGCCGCGGGAGGAGGGGGUUGAGCUGGCUCCGGAGUUGGCCAAAGAAGGUGGGCAUUUCUCGCUUCUCCUCGCCUCCCCCGCCCCCUCCUGGGCUCCCCUCCCUCCCGCCCCGCACCCCACGUGAAGCGGAAUAUAAAGGGGGGUGUGUGACUGGAGGGGAAAGUGAAUGGCGAAGGACUGAAGGGGUCCCCCUUCGGUUCCCCAGCCACCUGGUUCACCCGGUUCAUCCUCCCUUCCCGAAGCUAGCCCUCGAAGGCACGAGCAGCCGGCGCCUUCGGCAGAGGAGGUGGAGGAGGAGGAGGAGGAGGAGGGAUCGCGUCGGGCGGAGCUUCAGGUCCUGUUCGCCUCUCCGGCUUCUCCAUACAAAGAUUACGGUGCAGAAGGAAAUUGCACUUGCCUCCUCCGCCCCCCGGUACCCAGCACAAUGCACCAGCCGCCAGAGUCCACCGCCGCGGCGGCCGCUGCUGCAGACAUUAGUGCUAGGAAGAUGGCGCACCCGGCAAUGUUCCCUCGAAGGGGCAGCGGUGGUGGCAGCGCCUCUGCUCUCAAUGCAGCAGGUACCGGCGUCAGUGGUGCUGCUCCAUCUUCUGAAGAUUUUCCUCCUCCUUCGCUGCUCCAGCCGCCGCCUCCUGCUGCAUCUUCCACGCAGGGACCACAGCCUCCGCCUCCACAAAGCCUGAACCUCCUCUCGCAGGCUCAGCUGCAGGGACAGCCUCUUGCGCCAGGCGGAACUCAGAUGAAAAAGAAAAGUGGCUUCCAGAUAACUAGCGUUACUCCGGCUCAGAUCUCUGCCAGCGUCAGCUCUAACAACAGCAUAGCAGAGGACACGGAGAGCUACGACGAUCUAGAUGAGUCGCACACGGAAGAUCUCUCUUCUUCCGAGAUCCUUGAUGUCUCCCUUUCCAGGGCCACUGACUUAGGUGAGCCUGAACGCAGUUCCUCAGAGGAGACUCUGAAUAACUUCCAGGAAGCUGAGACACCUGGGGCAGUCUCUCCUAACCAGCCCCACCUUCCUCAGCCUCAUUUGCCUCACCUUCCACAACAGAACGUUGUGAUCAAUGGGAACGCUCAUCCACACCACCUCCAUCACCACCAUCACAUUCAUCAUGGGCACCACCUUCACCAUGGACACCACCAUUCAUCACAUGCUGCUGUGGCCAGUACAUCCAUCCCUGGAGGGCCACCCUCGAGCCCAGUGUCCAGGAAACUCUCCACAACUGGAAGUUCCGAUGGUGGUGUGCCAGCCGCACCUCCUCCUGCUGUCUCAUCGGGUGGCUUACCUGCAUCAGUGAUGACAAACAUCCGUGCUCCAAGUACUACAGGCGGCAUAGGUGUAAAUUCGGUUACUGGCACGAACGCAACGAAUAAUGUUAACAUUGCUACUGUGGGCGGUUUCAGUCCCAGCGUGACGAACAGCGCGCAUGGUAAUGCUAGUAUAAGUACAAGCAAUAUUCCUAAUGCUGCUAGCCUAAGUAGUGGGCCUGGAGUUACCAGUGGUGUUAAUGUGAAUGUCUUGAGUGGCAUGGGCAAUGGUACCGUUUCUUCCUCUCCUGUUGCUAACAGUGUCCUUAAUGCAGCUGCAGGUAUCACUGUGGGAGUGGUUUCCAGUCAGCAGCAGCAGCAACAACCAACAGUUAACACAUCGAGGUUCAGAGUUGUGAAGUUAGACUCUACUUCUGAACCCUUUAAAAAAGGUAGAUGGACUUGCACUGAAUUCUAUGAGAAAGAAAAUGCUGGGCCAGCUACAGAAGGCGUGGCCAUAAAUAAAGUGGUGGAGACAGUGAAGCAAACCCCCACGGAAGUGUCGUCUUCGGAGAGGGAGAGCACGAGUGGGAGCUCCGUGAGCAGCAGUGUCAGCACACUGAGUCACUACACAGAGAGUGUGGGAAGUGGGGAGAUGGGAGCCCCUUCUGUGGUGCAGCAGCAGCCGCUACCACCAGCGCCUCCAGGUCUUCAAGGUGUGGCCCUCCAACAGCUGGACUUCAGUAGCCCUGCUCCACAGAGUAUUGCGGCGGUUAGUAUACCACAGAGUAUUUCCCAGUCGCAGAUGUCACAAGUACAGUUACAGCCUCAAGAAUUGAGCUUUCAGCAGAAGCAGAGUCUUCAACCUGUUCCUCUGCAAGCCACUAUGAGUGCAGCAACUGGUAUCCAGCCUUCACCUGUCAACGUGGUUGGUGUGACGUCAGCUGUAGGCCAACAGCCUUCUGUUUCCAGUCUGGCUCAACCCCAGCUGCCAUAUUCUCAGACAGCUCCUCCCGUGCAAACUCCUCUUCCAGGGGCACCACCCCAGCAGUUACAAUAUGGGCAACAGCAACCAAUGGUUCCUACACAGAUAGCCCCAGGCCAUGGCCAGCUAGCGACUCAAAAUCCUACUUCAGAGUACGUACAGCAGCAGCAGCCGCCACCAAUGUUUCAAGCAGCAAUGUCGGCUGGACAGUCCAGUUCCACAGGCCCAGGAGCAGGAACAUCAGUGAUUCCUGUGUCUCAGCCACAAGGGAUCCAGCUGCCCGUGCAGCCCACAGCAGUACAAGCACAACCUGCAGGGGCGUCAGGGCAGCCCAUUGGCCAGGCUCAAACAGCAGUGUCCACUGUACCAGCUGGUGGUCAGAUUGCAAAUAUCAGUCAACAGGCAAACAUACCCACUGCAGUACAGCAGCCCUCUACCCAGGUUACACCUUCAGUUAUUCAGCAAGGUGCUCCUCCGUCUUCACAAGUAGUCCUACCUGCUCCAACUGGGAUAAUUCAUCAGGGAGUUCAAACUAGUGCUUCAAGCCUUCCUCAACAAUUGGUCAUUGCAGCCCAGAGUACCUUGGUAACUGUGCCUCCCCAGCCACAGGGAGUAGAAACCGUGGCUCAAGGAGUUGUUUCCCAGCAGUUGCCCACAGGUAGUCCUCUGCCCUCUGCAAGCACUAUCUCUGUUACAAAUCAGGUUAGUUCAGCUGGCCCUCCUGGAAUGCCUUCUGUCCCAACAAACUUAGUUCCACCACAGAAUAUAGCACAACCCCCAGCCACCCAAAAUGGCAGUUUGGUUCAAAGUGUUAGUCAAUCUCCCUUGAUAGCCACUAACAUAAAUUUGCCUUUGGCACAGCAGAUACCACUAAGUUCUACUCAGUUCUCUACACAAUCAUUAGCUCAGGCGAUUGGAAGCCAAAUGGAAGAUACCAGGCGCCCAGCGGAGCCCUCCUUAGGCGGCUUACCUCAGACUAUCAGUGGUGACAGUGGGGGAAUGUCAGCAGUUUCAGAUGGGAGUAGCAGCAGCCUAGCAGCCUCUGCUUCUCUCUUCCCGUUGAAGGUGCUACCGCUGACAACACCCCUGGUGGAUGGCGAGGACGAGAGCUCUAUUUCAGUGCUUCUCUCCUACCAGAGGUGCAAGGAGUGAUCCUAGAGCCACAGACACAGCCAAGACCACGGAGAGCUUUUGACGUCAGGGCUCCACUUUGUCCACUGAACCCUUGGAGACAGAAUAUCCAGCUUCUGGAGAGAGUGGGAAAGGAUAAUAAACAAGUGGGUGCUUUCCAUUAUUUACUUGGGUUUAUCUAUAGAGUGGCGUGUCCUUCUAUUACCCAUUUAUUCUGUUGGUAAUCCCCUUGGCUUCUUCCAGGAGCCAGGUGGGACUGCAGUCUGUGUGUUUCCUGAGAGUACUGUCUAGUGCCCAUUCACAAAACAAACCUAACAUUUAUUUAGUUUUCUCUCCAGAUAAUUAAUGCGGUAGAUAAUCUGGGGCACACACAAAAUUUGCUCCAUGCCUGUGUAGUUCACAGAAAUUAAAGAAAAGCAGGCAUUUUCUGGCCUUUAUUGUAGCAGUGGACUUGAUAGAAUUCUCGUAGAGUCCAGAAAUUAAAGUUUUUGUGCUUCAUCUUUGAACUGGACACCUGAAAUCUCUAAUUUUAUACAGUUGAAUAUUCAGGUGUCCCCCUGCCCUGCCCUGUUAGUGAGGACUUUUGGUCUUUUUCUCUACACUAGAUGUUAGGCCUUCACAUUCAUCUCUUAGGAGAUGGGAUGAUAGUACUGUUGUGGCUUCACUGUCAAGUGUAGGCAUCAUUCUUUAAUAAAAUAAGUACGAAUGAAUAUAAGUUUCAGGAUUUAAUGUCCCUGAAAGCUAUAUACUCAAAAGUAGUUUUCUAGUCCCUAGGAAUGUAAUUUAUGCCAACACCAGAUUUUUCCUAGGGCAUUAAGGUGGUUCUUUCUUAGUUUCUUUGAUGCCAAGGGUAGGGUGUGAGUCCAGGCAUUUCUUACCAUCUACAGUGGGUAGAAUGUGAAGUUGGUGCUUUGGCAAGUUUUCAUUGUUUCCUUGGUGGCUUCUUCUGUGACUCCAGGUAUCUUGAUAAUGGGAGACCGGUUUAUUUGUUCUCUAAUUGCCCAGAUUUCUUUCAACUGGUAAAACAUCAUACCUCUUCAGCAAAAGGAACUCUUCUAGCAGAGCCCUCAUGGAUGAUAUCUGUCACACGUGGCAGCACCUGCAGUUUGGAAGGCAGUGGUGAAUGGAUCCAUGCACUAUGUCUAGAAGACACAAGGAUGAGCCAGCCACCUGAUCUUGUUACUUACAAACUUCUAAGAUUUAUUCUGGUUUAUUUUUGGUCUGAAAAUGGAAAGGCUCAAAUAAUGAAGUAAUCUUUUCAUAUUGGAAUUUUACAUGGCCAUGAAAAUAUUUCUUAUUCUGAAGACUGAAAUAGAGGAAGUUUGAGAGUCUUGUCUUUCAAAGCAGCUCUCUGUAUCUGUAUCACUUAAAAGAUUGAGGGACUGAAAAUCAUUUUAAUCACGUAGGCAACCCUCACUUUAAAAAGUAGCAUUAAAAAAAAAUACAUUUUGAGGAACCCUUCUGCCUCGUCUUUUGUCACCCAGUGCUAAAGUGAAGAAAGGGUGAACCCAAGCCUGUUAGGACUUACUCUCUUGGCUCGUCUUUUGCUGGUCCUGAGCCUUAUUCUUAACUGUAAUUUAUCAAAUGAUGAAGCCAUAGAGCUAUCUUGGAGACCCAACAGAGUCCAGUCUGUGUUCCUAAGCAGUGAAUGCCCACUAGGGUUUACUCUGCACUGAAGGCAUUCUGCAGCUUGAGUGAUGCAGAGCAGAGGUAAUGAACAGUCAGAAUAAACCUGUAGAUGUCAAUAGGUUUAAAGGAACUGUCCAAAUUACCAAUUGGCAGUAGCUAUCAAAAUGAUGUUUCUUUGGUUAUCAGGUAACUGGCAGUCAGGUAUUAAGGAAAACUAUAACAGUUACUCGGUGCUGCCAGUUUCUUUUAAAUUGCAAUACGUUUUAAGAAGAGCAAUUGUAGAAUUAAUAAUGGGACAACUAAAACGUUAGCCUCAACAUUUAAGACUAUCAGCUAGGAGAUAACCUGCUUUUAGUCUUUCUUGGCUAUAAGAACUAUUUCUUAAUUAUAAAUCAUUUUUCAGAAGUUUAAUGCUUAAAAGUAAAUAUCGAAGAUAAUUUUGAACUGAAAAAUCCCCCACAGAACUCUGAAUUCCUGUAGAAUGAUUACAGCGUUGUAGUCCUGACUUAAUAAGAUAGUUCACAAGUACAUAUGAACAAAAAAUAAAUUAAUCUAACAUUUUAGAAGGAAUUCAGAACUGAAAGCGAGAUUUACCUAGAAAUUGCAUUCUUUAAACCACAGUACAAACCAUUUUCUGGCCUGAGUGCACUAGCUUUUUGUCUCGGCACUGAAGACAGAAAGUGAUUUAAUCUGGAAUCUCAAGCUUUACUGAAUCUCAGCUCUGUUCCUUAAAGUGUGCGAGAGAGAUGUAAGUGCACUCCAGUUACCUCAUGCACUACAAGCUACUGCCAAGGGAAACUUUGUGUAUCACUGUGAACUGUUUUGUUUGAAUUUUAAUUUUGAUGCAUUUUCUUUUUAGAUUUUUAAAGAACAAUAUCGUGUCACAAUAUGCAAUCCUAUAUCUUUUCCGUGUUUACUUUAUGAAUAUUAAUAUAAGUGAUUUUUUUCUAGAAUGAUUUAUUGUGUAAUAUUUGUAUUAUGUGAUCAUUUGAAAACUAAUAAAUAUUUUCUCCAUGGAAAAAAUGCA